CGCGGCGAUCAGGCUAGUGUGCGCGCGUGUUGGCCGCGUUGGGGGAUUCCGAGGCGAGCUGGUUGAGCGCUCAAAGUGCCUCCUCGCGCGCUGGCUUUGGUCGGGGGGGCGGGAGGGGGGGUCUCUCGGAUUGCUCCGGUGCCCGUACAGGAGAGGGAGCCCAGCGCUGCUGCGCCGCGAGACGGAGCCAGCCUCCUCCUGCGGAACCGGGGACAUGGACAUGAAGAAAAGGAUCCACUUAGAGCUGCGGAAUAGGACGCCCUCCGACGUUAAGGAACUUGUCCUUGACAACUGUAGGUCAAAUGACGGCAAAAUCGAAGGCCUCACGGAUGAGUUUGAAGAGCUGGAAUUCUUAAGUACAAUCAAUGUCGGCCUCACCUCGGUUGCCAACUUACCAAAGUUAAACAAGCUGAAGAAGCUCGAGUUAAGCGACAACAGAAUCUCAGGAGGGCUGGAAGUCUUGGCGGAAAAAUGUCCGAACCUCACGCAUCUAAAUCUAAGCGGCAACAAAAUCAAGGAUCUCAGUACAAUAGAACCGCUGGAAAAACUAGAAAACCUGAAGAGUUUAGAUCUUUUCAAUUGCGAGGUCACUAACUUGAAUGACUACAGAGACAACGUCUUCAAACUCCUUCCUCAACUCACAUACCUGGACGGCUACGACCGGGAUGACAAAGAGGCUCCGGAUUCAGACGCGGAAGGCUACGUGGAAGGCCUCGAUGACGAGGAAGACGAAGACGAAGACGAAGAGGAAUAUGAUGAAGAUGCUCAGGUAGUAGAAGACGAAGAGGAGGAGGAGGAAGAGGAGGAAGGAGAAGAGGAGGAUGUCACCGGGGAAGAAGAGGAAGAUGAAGAAGGUUACAAUGAUGGUGAAGUAGACGACGAAGAGGAGGAGGAGGAAGCUGAUGAGGAAAGAGGGCAGAAGAGGAAACGAGAGGCAGACGACGAAGGCGACGAAGAGGAUUAAGCUCAAAAUCACCUAUCUUGGAAAAACCGGUUUCCUAUUGUGAUCUGACUGUUUCUAUCCUGUACUCCCCUCCCCCCUCCCCUCCUGGACUCCCCCCCCCCCCCCCCGGAGUGUAAUGUUGCUGUGGGGUCAAGAGGGAAGUGAUAACUUGGCUGGGCGAGAGAAUUAAAAUACCGUUUUUUUUAAAAAAAAAGAAAAGCCCCCGCCACUCCUCCAUUUUGUUUGUUUCUGAUGAAUUUCCUUUCGAGUCUGUCUUUGCUUCCUGUUUCUGCAAUAUCAGAUCUAAGGCAAGUGGUAAAAUUUUGUUUCUUCUCGGAGUGGAACAAUUUUGAACAAUUUUGGUUUUUUUAAAAAAGGAAAGGAAAAAAAACGUUUUUAAAAGAUGAGGAAGAAGAUUUACAUGCGUGAUGCCAGGUUAGUCUGAAUGGAGACUGCGGUGAGAUCUCUUGGGUCCUUAGAGCUGAUGGCUUUUGCCAGUUUCUGAGCAUAUUGUAAGUAAUUUCUCCCCCCACCCCCUUCUCUGGAUGCAGCAAAAGCAUUCCAGCUACAGCAGCAGGUAUGCAAACAGCAUCUUGAUAUAUCAAGUGUUUUCCUUUGUCACCUGUUUGUCAAUGACUGCCGUUUCCAGAAAGAAAAUAAAAAAAACAACCCUCCCUGUAUUUCCUGUAGGCAACUUUUUACUUUCCUGUUUGUAAAUAGUGACCAAAUAUAUAUAUUUUUCCUUUUCCCCCCCUUUUUAUUUGGUUUGGGGGUAACUUUGGAAAUCUCAUGUGGGUUUUCCCCCCACACUUUCCCUUUCCCCCCAUCUGUUGGGGAAGCGCCUCUUGUGCUGGAGGAAAACUUCACGAACCGUUUUCUUGUACAGCUGCCGUUUCGUUUUAUUGGGUCUUGUGUGCAGGAGACGAGUCCCCAGCGGGUUUAUGUUCACGUAGGGUAGCCGGAGCCCGUCCCCUGCAAGCGGCAGUCAUUAAAAUAUCUAUAAAUAUCUAUAAAAAGUGUUUUCGAAUUUUCCUGAGUUUAACUGGUGGACUGAAUUUGACAGUUGUAAUAAAAAAAAAAAAAAGGAAAUGUUUGAACCUUUUUAAUUAAGGUGUGUUCUAUUUUGGUCUGUAAAAUAUGAUAUAUAAAUAUAUUAACACUUCCUUGAUAUUUUAAGUGAUGCGAAUCUUGUUUCCACUUGUGCUUGCUAUACUAUGCUGAGGAUUUUUACAAACCUUUCAAUGCCGAAGGGGGAAAAGGGGUGCAUGUCGGGCCUACGGAGGUUUCUUUUCAUACACAAGCACGGAAUGCGAAUACAAAAGUUGUAUUUUCUUACGUAGUUGGGAAGCCAGUAAAGUUGACUACAAAGUUCCUAGUUGUAUGUACAGUUUUAAUUUCAUAUCCCUCUUCAAACGUAGCGCUAAAAGUGACUUUUCUGUCCUAGUCAGUAUCUCAUCUGUAUAAAUAAAAAAAACCCAUUGCGACUUCCCCUCUCACAGAAAGCCAGACUUUUGAGUUUGAUGUCUUGUUUGUCAUUGAUGAAUUUCAAUAAACCUUUUUCUACAAUU